AUGUGGUACGCUCCGAAUCUUCAAAGGUCCUACAAAUACAUGAUAACAUCCAAGAUGCCUUCACUACGGAUCGACCAAAACGACUUGAAGUGCAAGAAUGGAUGUGAUUAUUUUGGCAACCCACAAUGGCAGGGGUACUGCUCGAAAUGUCACAGGGAACAGAUGCAGAGGCAAAGAAAAGCAGAGAAAGCCUCAUCGUUUACAUCGACUCUUCCUAGAUCGGACCAGAGGAAGUCCGAACGCGGCCUCAAGUUGUCCUCGCACGCGUCCUUCUCGAAGUUCGAAGAGAAGCGCCUGCGACAAAGCGAAACGCUCAAGAAGACUAAUCUACUGAAGUUUAACGUGUUCAAGAAGAAUAUCACAGAUGACCAUGAAAUUCCAGCGGAAAGACGUCAGCCAGAGUUUAAGAUUCCGACCGCAGUGUUCGAAGGUAUGAAGGCAGACUUCAGGGUCCGCUUUCCCUCGUUUCCCCCCCAGAUAGACCGGGACGCUAGGGGCUUCGUUCACACCUUCAUCCUGGAUGUCAUAAAAUGGGCUGCCAUCAUGAAUGUGGACGAGCUCUCGGAGAGAGUGCAGAAGCAGUACCAGCGCUUCAUGAAGCACAUGGAAACGUCGCAGCACUACGCAUCUGUAGACUCGGACGCCAGAGAGCUGCUCAUAGAUUUCGUCGAGAAACACGCCAUGACCUAUCUACAUGAGUUACCGUCCAUAGUGUUUUCGCCAAGUGGAACCGAUGACGAACGCCAGGACCGGGCCAUGUCGGAGCGGAUACAGCAACUGAGCUGGGUGGGAGAGAAGCACCUCGAAUGUAAACUGGACAGGAACAAUGCUGAAUGCCGACGGCUGCUCUACAAGGCUAUAAGCGAGCUGUUGGGUAUGGACGCGGCGCGCUGGUCGGGCGCCAAGCUGGCCCGCGUGCGGCGCUGCGCCCGCCACGUGCUGCGGCUGGCCGCGCCCGCGCCCGCCUCCGCCGACGACCUGCUGCCCGCGCUCAUACUCACCGUCCUGAAAGCCAAUCCGCCACGUUUGAUAAGCAACAUUAAUUACGUGACCCGCUUCUGCAACGCCCAGAGGCUGAUGACCGGCGAGGGCGGCUACUACUUUACUAACUUGUGCUGUGCGGUGUCGUUCAUCCAGAACAUGACGGCGGAGUCUCUGAGCAUGGACAAGAAGGAAUUCGACUGCUACAUGGCGAUGCCGGCCUUCAUAGGCGGCAGUGCUUGGGCGGCCGCGCUGUCGCUGUGCGGCGCCACACGCGAGGCUGAGGAACAGAGCGCUCUAGCAGCGAAACUUCUAGAACAGACCAAAGAGAUACAGAGGGAGGCCGAGAACAUGGCGAACAACGCGGCUACAUUUGAGGAACAAAUCGCGAAGAAAGUUCAAGACGUUUUAGCAAAGACCCCACUGGAGAUCAAACCACGGCGAGAACUGCCGCGCCUCAGACGCGAGGGCGUCGGGUCCGCGCCGCCGGCCUCCACCGAGCCCGGCCCGGCGCGGAUCUCAGAACUGCCAGCGCUGCCCAACGAGCCGAGCGUAGUCAUCGACGAAACCGAAAAACUAAACAUCUUAGGCUUCGAAGUGGUCGAGGAGCGGUCCCCGUCCAAGUCGCCGCAGCUGGACCGCCUCUCCGACCUCAAGCAGAGCAGUUCAACGGAACUACUGACGCCAUCCCCGAUGGUCCUCACUCCUUUCGACUGCAGGUCCCUAGACGAGGUGUUGACCCCGGACGAGUUCCCGGACAAUAUUCCCGGACUGAGCGACGUCAAUUACGACAUAGACCUGUCAGAUUUCAGCGCGGAUACCAGUCUGGCGGAGGACCCCCCCGCCCCCGACCGCCGAAGGACCUUCGAUCCAUUCGCGCCUCAGACCUCAAAAGACUCGUACAAGUUGCUGGAGUCCUUUGACGAGUUUAGCAUCGUGGAUAACGCGCGCGAGUCGGACCCCUACGAGGUCGUGCACAGGCCGGACCCGUUCAGUUCUGUUUUGGACAACGAUGAGGGUAGAGCGUCCAUUCUGGACGACAGCGGCUCUCCCACGGCCGCCUGCCUGCUGCCCUCACCGAUACAGCCUCAAAAUAGCGCGAAGCCAACUUAGUUAAUUGAACAUACAUUUUUAUUUAUAAAAAAAUUAAAAUCCCUCAGCUUAGAAUGGUUUCGUUGAGUUUCUUCCCCCAAAUGUAAAUUUACUGGUGGUAGCACCUCUUGUGAAUCCGCGCGGGUAGACACCACUGCUUAUUU